UGCACACACAUCUUUCUCUGUCAUGCAAGGAAGAAACUGCACAGGUUAUUUAUGGAGAACCUCCUUGCUGUGUCGAGUGUCUGAGUUCCGAUCGUCAUAUGUAAGUUUGGUCAUAUAUCUCCCAUCUGCAAGUGCAAGAGUGAGUGAGAGCGUUGCAGCUAGCUUUAGCUCUCAAGACUUGCUUUGGCGAUCUUGAGAGAUGGCAAUGGCGGACGGAAGAGAUCAUAGGGUUGAAGGGGUGAGGCAGUACAACAGGUCCAAGGUUCCUCGCCUGAGAUGGACGCCUGAUCUCCACCGCUGCUUCGUCCAUGCCAUACGCAAUCUGGGAGGACAGCACAGAGCUACACCUAAGAGAGUUUUGCAGCUGAUGGGAGUGGGAGGACUCACCAUAUCUCAUGUCAAGAGCCAUCUGCAGAUGUACAGGAAUAUGAGGGGUAAUGAUCUUCACAUGAUGCAAGGAGCCAUGGAAGUUUGGACAGAUAUGCAGCAACUUCAUCAUCGUCAUGAGCACUGUGACGGACCCUAUUGCAGGUGCCACUCUCCAAAGCAUACAAGCGGGUCACUGCUCCACCACCCCCAACUGAAAAGGCCAUCUGAGAUGGAGACGACACAAGAGGCAGCCGCGAGCCCCCAGGAAAGCAUGUUCAGGAGCCAAGGAAUAUGGGAGAGGGACGUGACCUCGGGCGCGUACGGCCAAGCAGCGCUAGCCGGCUACUACUACUACGACUACCACCAGUACAUGCAGUCGACGGAGGACACGGCGGGCGGGCCGGGCCACCACCUGCUGCAGGGGCGGACAUGGCAGCGCACACCUGGAGUAGGCGGUGGUGGCGAACAAGCCACUCGUCCCGGCUGCACGCUCGCGCCGCGGGGCCUCGUGGCGCCUAGGCGUGGCGCUGAUGACCCCUACGAGGAGCGCAGCGGCGAGCUCGUCGUUCACGGACGCGGUGCCGCGCCGGCGAGCUACGGGACGGCGCGGCCAGCGGCGGCGGAGCGCGGCGAGCUGCCUCUGUCGCUGACGCUGGACUCGGGGCGCCUCGGUAGCAGGACCAGCGUGGGGCAGUGCUGCACCGACGCCAGCGAGCAGGGCAGCUUCCCGACGUCGUCGUCGACGAGCCUUACCCAGCUUAGCGGCUGCUGCUCGGGGCAGCGGUGCGGCGGCGCAGUUGUUAACCUGGACCUGUCCCUCUCGUUGUACAACUGACACAGGCGCCUAGCGAGGGAUCGAUCGGAGUGUUGCUGUAUCGAUUCCUGGUUUGCUGUGUAUGUAUGUGUUUGGAGG